CUUCAAGAUUUCUAUCAUCUCAUUUUACAACGUUUAGGAAUCACGAAGAAGUCAAGCUUAAGUGAGGUUGAGACCGUGCCAGAGUCGUCGCAAUGCUGCAGUCUCCUCAAGCAGAAGAAGUUGCGUCGCAACUUCCAAAGGCUGCAGAGCCCGUGGUAGACAUCACAGAGCUUGGUCCAGAGCCACCCUCAGAAGGCUCUGAGCACAGCGAAGAACGUGUCCAGCCAGUACAAGAUUCACUUCUCGUCUUCGAUGAUGAGGUCGACACUUCCGAAGCAGACCUCACCAUCGACACCGUUUUAGACAGGCGAUUACAAACAAGACCAGCACCAUUACGUCCCCAAGGUCGCAGAUCCAUCUCGGGACAGAAAACCAGAGACUUGAGCCAUGGCUCCAAAGACUUUGAUAACAGCCUUGCCAAGAACGAUGCCGAUAGCACCACCAUUCGAAAAGUUCACAUCAGCUUGCCAAAGCGCAACAGUCGCAAUGACUCGCAGCCUCUAUCUACAAGGCGUACAAUGUCUAGUGAAACUACAACUACUUCGGGCAGUUUUGUCGGACGACGCGCUGUUAGCAGUCAGUCCAAUAAAGCCCUUUCCACAGAAGAGCGCAUGGUUAGAGCUUACAGUUCUCUACGAGAGCUGCGCAUGACAUGCACACUUCCCGCCACACGAGAGCGCGUUACAAUUCAUCAUGUCUUUGACCUCAUUGACAAGACACGCAUGAGACUCGUCCCUCAUCAAUGGAGUCUUGUCGACAGACGUCUAAAGCAAGUCCAGUCUUCAGCCGAGCGCAUCGCCGAUUUUGUGGCGCUUAUGAAGACUCAUGGAUCUGAUGCUGAAAGCGUCGCCUCCAUGUUCUAUUCCAGCUGCGAGCUUGCUCUUUCGAUGCAGGGAAAGCUUACUAGUGCUAGCACGGCGCUGGAUAACUUGCUUGCUGUUUUCCAUCGAGCCAGUAUUACAAUUCAGCAUGUGAGAGCCUCGGUGCCUGAGGGCGUAUCGUCGGAUAAGCUUUAUAGUUGUUUGUCCAAGGUGCUUCAGUCGUUGCAACAGAUUUGCUUGGGAUUCAUUGACAUACUGGAUGAGAUUAACAAGGCCGGUUCCCGUACCUCGUCGUCGUUUAUCCUUCAGAUCGAGCAAUAUUUCGAGGCAGACCUGGCUUCAUUGUCCCUGGCUGCGCAUCAAGCGUGCGAGGAACUCUGGAUCCUGUCGUUCAAGGGCAGUUCUGACGGUUCGCUUGGGACCUGCCAUGGGCCUGUGCAAGACUGGCUAAACGGCAGUGGCCAUGGUCAUUGCAGUCAUGGCUUCUCCCGAGGCCAUUACGGAAGCAAGCAUGGCCACUCCUUCGUCUUCGACUGCGUUGAGCCUGUCGUCGUCCAGUUCUUCAAGACCCCAUCCAGACUAUUACUUGUCGCCGGAGACGCUGGUUACGGAGAGCAAGAGCUCGUGUCCAACAUUAUUGAGCGCUUACAACUGUCUUUGUCUCUGGACGCAAAGCUGCUUCGCGCAUCAGUUACGUCUGCGACACAAGGUUCUUCUUCCAUUCGUCUUCUCAAAGCGCUUCUGUCCCAAUUACUUGAUCAGUCCAUCGGCGAUACUGGUCUGUUAGAUGCCAUCAACACAGUCAGGAAGCGCAGUGAGACUGAGUCAACGGAGAAGACAGAAGACCUGCUGUGGGAACUUAUCGGAGACCGUUGUUCCAAGGCUAGCGGAAACGUGGCGAUUGUCAUCAACACAAUUGACAGCCAUGGAACUGAUGGCUCUUCCAAGUUCCUUGCCAAGCUUCAGGUACUUACAUCAAAGUGCGAGAAUAUUCGGUGUCUUGCAUUGGCUGAUGCUGAUUCGGCGAGGUCCAUCUCGGGCACUCAAAUCUACACCCUGUCUCGAAUGGAUAUUCGCAGAAAUGCCAGGUCUUUUAUGCAGAUGGCGCUCUCAACAUCAGCAAUACUCUCAUUCCUCUCAGCUGAGAUGAAGAGGGAGCUGCAGAAGCAUAUCGCAGAACGUCAAUGGACAUCUCUACUGGAAGCCAAACUCAUCCUUCGACUGCUAGAGGCUGAGCAUGAUCUGGGCCGUAUGACAGGUAUCAUCUGCAAGACGCCCAAGACUGUUCAGGGAAUCCUAGAUAACAUGCUUCUCAAGAUUGACUACUCAAACCCCGAUAUGCAGUCUCUUCUUUCAUGGCUUCUGGUCGGGAAAAGAGCUAUCCAGGUCGAUGAGAUGGAGCGUUACGGCUCUGUUACCAUGAGCAACUGGCUCAGAAGAAUCCGUUCCGGCCGGUCCGUGAGCUCCAACUCUCCUCUUGCCAGUAUUAUCACCAUUCGCAGCGGUCGCAUCCAAUUUGUCGACUCUGUUGUCCAGGCGAAGAUGCAUCAUCUUGCUAUACACGGCAAGAUUGCUCUAUCUCUGAACCUGGCUCAUCGACGGGUUGCAAUUGACUGUCUUGAGCAUGCCAAGAAACACCUGCAGCAAGACAAGGUCGAUAUUGUCUUUCAGAACGUUGCGCAGACCCAAUGGGCUACUGCAGCUCCGUACAAGGACUUUGACCCGCUAAUGGCAUAUGCCGUUCGGAAUUGGUACGAGCAUUACGAGAAGUCGCUUUCUUCUUCAGAGAAACUCUCACGACAUCUUCCCGCUGAAGUAUCCUCCAAGAUGUCUGACUCAGUCCUGAUGACCCUGGCCGAGUGGCACUUCCUCCGAUCUGAAGGCGACAGUAUCACGACAAACAUGCGACUUACCAAGAUCCUCGCCCUACGAAAGGCCGCUUUUGGUGCAAAUGCCAAGUCGGUGAUCCAAACAUUGAUCAAUCUUGCUCACUCGGAUCUUCGUCACACCAUCAGUAUUGAGAAGCUAGUGGAGGCCUUUGAAGCAGCCAUUCUCACCUUCGAAGACCCCAGCCCUCAGGCUACCGCUGGUGCCAAAUACAUUAUAUCUCUGGUUAAGCCGCACACAACACUAUCCUCAAAGAGCUCCAAGGUGUACAAGUACCUUUGGCGAGUUCUGAGAGGGGAGCUUGGCGAGAGUCACGAUCAGACACUCGCCGUCGCUCAGAGGCUGGCGGAGCUGUACAAGGCGGAGAUGCGGUUCGCUGAGGCUGCAGAGACCCUGCACGAUAUGUAUGUUGCGUGCUGCAGAACCAGAGGCCUCUUCGCAAGCAAGACCCUUGAUCUGUUCCACGUGCUUAUUGAUGCGCUUGAGCACGCUGACGAUAUGGCUGCCGCGCAACAGUUAUGCCAAGAUGUCUUCGACGCUGCUCCAACUCUGGAGACGUGGACGGAUGCAGCACUCUCUGCCAUUACUCGUAUUGUUCGACACUACCAAGACCGCGGUAUGUCUAGCGCGUCCAAAGGUGCUCUUCAGCAGCUGUGGAGUUUGCUUCAGGGGCAAUUGAACAAGGAGAACAAUAACCACGGUGCCAUCCUGGUUGCUUUUACCUCCGUCACUCUUCAGUUGGCUACAAAGCUGCGCGACUUGUCUCUCGAGAAGGAAGCUAGCACGACGCUGGUGUCAUUCUGGACUUCAGUCUCCAGGUUUGUUACAACAGACCGCCGGUGUGAGGUAGCCACACUGGUCAACCUUCGAGAAAUCGCACAGCUUCUCCUCCGAUUGGAGAAGAACCAGGAAGCAUUGAGCAUCCUUCGCGUUCUCUACGAGAUCCAUCAGCUACCUUCUCAUGACCACUUUGACGAAAUGCUACAGGUCUACUCUGCUCUCAUCGUCUGCUACAAGGGUGUCAAGAACCCCAUCGAGGACUUCUUGUGGCUCAACAUUCUUGACAGCAUUCUCCAUUCCACUUCAGGACAUGGAGACAUCGGAUCAGACACGGUCUUUUUGUGCAGGGACUUGGCUCAUCUGCAUCGCUCACGAAGAGAGUGGAAAGCAGCUAUUAGCAUUUGUCGCAAGAGUCUCGAGGUCCUCUGGCCGCAGGUACUUAUAGAUGGGGGAAAGCUGCAUCUUCCCAAGACCUUUACUCGCGAGCGCGUUGAGAUUGCCAUCAUCAUGGCUCAGAUGUACAGGCUGACUGAGCAAAUCAGUCAGGGAGAUAUCCUGAUUCAGUCCAUCGUCAAGUGCUGCAAGCAAAGCGUGCUCCUCUGGCAGUCUUCAAGCCAGGAUAUUGCCCUGAUCCUCUCUGGUGCCCUUGAAGAUGCCGGCUUUCAUCUUGAGGCUCUCGAGUUCUGGAAGUCCAUCGUUGGCGAUUGCAGAACUCACCUGGGUCAUUCUCACUCAUUCACACUUCACGUUGCUGCUGCGAUUGUCCGCCUGAGCCUUCAUCUCGGCACCGUCAUCGAAGACGACGACGAAAUUUGUGAUUGCUUUGAGGAGGAGCCAGACGAGGACGAUGUCGCUUCAAUUAUCGUUCUCAUCGAAGGUCUUCUCGCUCUGUGCAAGAGUCAGAGAGGCAAGGGCAAGCGGGAGAGCUAUACUAUUCUCCUCCGUCGGUACGAGCGUCUCUGGUCGUACUAUGCUGACUUGCGACACCAUGUAUCGAUGGACGCUGCCCGUGGAUUCGAGAUUUACAUCGGCUACUCCCAGACACUACUCUCUGUUGGCAGUGUCUCCAUCGCCGUGCGGCUGGCUCGCAAGCUGAGGACCAUUAUGCUCUCCGAUCUGGGGCGACAAGAUAUUUGGUAUCUCAAGGCGUCGCUUGAACUGACCAAGCUUCUUGAGAUGGAUGACACAACUCUUCGUGAGGCUGUCGAUAUAUACGACGAGCUGAACGAGAUCUGCCUGGGUCUGUCGGGCUCGGAUGAGGCGUUCAUCGAGAUUUUACGCCUCGUUGAGGAGCGAUUGAGUGUUCUUAUGUCAAGCAAGCCUCUUCUCCACGACAGAGCGGAGAUCAUUCUCAUCAAGUCUUGGAGGCAAUGCGCAAAGAAGUACGGCUACGGUCAUGAGCGCAGCAUCUCCAGCCUAAGGAAGGUCAUCGACUUCUGGGUCGUGAACCUCACUGUUGAGAACAAGAAGCAAGCCACAGUUACCUUAGAAGAGGUCAUUCUAGGAGUUUUGAAAAAGGAGACGAACCCCAGAAAGCUGUUCCAUCUGGCAGAGCACUUCAGCGCCAUGUACAAGCUUCUUGGCGUCAGCCAUGGAAACCUGGUCUUCUUGCAGACCAUUCGCUCCGAAAUCGCGCGAUUGCAACAACCUCAAGGUCUCUGCGGACAAGCGUACCUAGAGAACAAGCACAAGCGUUCUGUGACUUAUGACAGAAGAUGCCUGGUUCUUGUGUAUGCUAUGGAGGAACUCUCCAGGAAAAAGACCGAAAGCCUCUUCGGUGACAUCUUGACGCGAGUUGUUGCUGAGACAGCGCUUUAUGAGGCGUGGCUUCGAGCGGGUCAGCAAAAUGACCAGCUUGGCAAUGUCUUGACCACUGGCUCAAGACUGAUCCAGCAUCUCGAAUCUUACAGUCUACGUUCCGAGGCUGGCGGUAUCCAAGACGCGCUCUGGAAAUUGUUCUGUCGCAUGCUGGAACGACCAGAGGGCAAGGGUAGCUCGACAUAUCAUCUCUUCCAAGCCAUCCUUGCUUCAUCCUCUGAACAAGACAUUUCCGCGUCACUUUUGGAGGAUGCCUUUGUACUUAUUCAGCAGAUGGGCGAUGCGGGUUCUCACAAGGCGUGUUUCUACUUGUCGCAAUGGGUCUUUGAGUACAGUGAAGGCGGAGCCGAUAGCGACGACAGCUCCUCUGCGCUUGUGCUUCUGAAGUUGAGUACCUUGCUGUACAAGAUCUCUGAGAUUGAAGUCGACGUUUCUCUCGGUGGCUUGAUUGAAGAACUGGCUACGCAGUUGGGAGUAUUGGCUAUGAGCUAUACUUCUGACAUUGACCUGAGCGUGUUGAGCGUCAGCCAUCUUACAUGCAUCCUCAGCAUCGCCGGCAAGCAAAACGACUACACUACUCUCAAGCGCAUCCUCGAACUUCUAUGGAACUCCCGCGACCACUACGACUUCAACCUUGAGCCCACCACCACAAUCGCCAUUGGCAAGCGACUUGCAGAGGUUCACUUCGCCUGUGGAGAACAUAAUGCAGCCUUCACUCUUCUUGAGGACAUCAGCUAUAAUCUCAAGGAUGUAUAUGGCGCCAACCACUCUAUGGCUAUGAGCUGCAUGAGGCUUCUGGCGUCCAUGCACGAGAGUUUAGGACAUCGUACCUCUGCUAUUGACGUUAGAUUCCUCAUGCUCAAGGACGCUGCGACAUGGGAGGACGACUUGACUUCUCCAGGAUCACAAGAUGAAGCUGUGGCCUUCUACCUAGACCAACUGCAAUUCCUCAGGAACGGGUACGCUACCGUUGGGCAGGAUUACUCAUGGCAUUUGGAGCAGAACAUGGAUUACCUCGAGGAGAUCACCUCAAAGGUGAAGCAGUUGAUCUCAGUAUCUACUUCUUCGCAUGAUGUGGGAGAUAUCUUGGAUCUCGAUACUUGGGCUGGCUUGGGUGAGGUUGAGGUGAAUGAGGAUGCGUUGGAUGUUUGGUGUGCGCCCGAAGACUGGAGAGUUGAGAUGGGAAUGGAGGAUGAUGAUGACAGCUGUGCUUAUUCUACUUCGUCGACAAACGUGUAAUAUGGGAUCUAGUUGUUCGGAGUAAUGGUAUCUGUUUAUGUCUUUUAUAAUUUACACUAAAGUAGUCAUGUUUGUUACUUGUAACAAUGAAUUGUGUUUCCUGUUGCAUUAUCUUGGAAAUAUUCUUUAUUGAUCAUUAUCUUGUAAAAUUGAACAUUGUUGAGUCUUGA